AUGACCAAAAUCAACGAGUUUGGUGCCCCGCAGUACCUCCCCAAGAACCUAGGGCUCUACUACAGCGGUGCAUUCCAGGAGCCCAAGGAUGGCCACUACCAAGAGAUCAUCAGCCCCAUCAACAACAAGGCCAUUGCCAAAGUCGCUUUCGCGGGCAAGGUUGAUACUAUAAAGACCCUUGAAGCAGCUGAGAAGGCGCGAGAGGGCUGGGAGGCCGUCUCAACAUUGGAACGAUGCAGCAUUCUGCGCAAGGCUGCGCAAGUUAUACGUGACCAUGCCGAGGAGCUUGCCGCUCUGGACGCAUGGAACAUAGGAAGCCCCAUCUCCAUCAUGCGGGCCGAGGUGGAAUACUCAGCCAUGAACUUUGACCUAUUUGCUGGUCUGGCGCCAGCCGUGACAGGCGAGACGCACCGCCUCACUGAUGAUAUGUUUCACUACACAAUCCGAGAGCCGCUUGGCGUCGUUGCUCGGAUUAUUCCAUACAACCACCCCAUGUUGGGAGUUGCGAUCAAGAUGGCAACGCCCUUGGUCAUGGGCAACACAGUCGUGAUCAAGGUUUCAGAGCAGGCGCCCAUAUCCGCUCUUCAUCUGAUGGAUCUUAUCGGUGGCCUCUUCCCACCGGGAGUCAUAAACGUGCUUGCCGGGGGUAGAGAUAGUGGCGAGAUGUUGUCUAGUCAUCCUAUUGUGAAGAAAGUUACUCUGGUUGGCAGUGUUCCAGUCGGUCGCGCUAUCUCAAGGAGCGCCGCUGACACACUGAAGCUCACAACCCACGAGCUAGGUGGGAAGAACGCACUUGUUGCCUACCCGGAUGCUGAUAUCCCUAAGCUGGUCGAUGGGAUCGUCAAAGGCAUAAACUGGGCCUGGUGUGGCCAGUCAUGCUCCUCUACUUCACGAGUGUUCCUCCACGAGACUAUCCAUGACGAGGUGCUGAAAUUGGUCGUUGAAGCAAUCAAGAAGACUCAUAAGCCUGAUAACCCCCUCAAAACCGAAACAACUAUGGGCGCUCUGGUAGACAAGAAAGCUAUUGAGCGAGUCAAGAAGUAUGUGGAAAUUGGAAAAAAGGAGGGUGCAACGCUGGUUACUGGUGGACACCCUGCUGAAGUGACUGGUGAGUUGGCAAAUGGCUGCUUCUGGGCUCCUACGAUCUUCUCCGAUGUCAAACAAAGCAUGCGUAUCGCCCAGGAGGAGAUUUUCGGGCCUGUCAUGAGUGUCCUCAAGUGGAGCGAUGAGGUAACGUUGUGGAAAGAAGUCAACUCAGUUGAGUACGGCCUUACGGGGUCCGUCUACACAACAAACACUGUCACGGCCCAAAAAGCUGUCAAGAAGAUGGAGGCCGGAUAUUGCUGGAUAAACAACAGUGCUAAGCAUUUCUUGGGCAUGCCUUUUGGGGGUUACAAGCAGUCUGGCAUGGGCCGCGAACAUGAUUUGCAGGAGUUGUACGAAAUGACACAACUCAAAGCGGUCCACAUGAGUCUGGAAUAG